AUGACAAAAAGACGAGCUACUAAUUAUCCCUUGGCAAGAGUAAGAGAGCAAUAUUAUCCUGAUCCUACGAGUACUUCUUUCGUUCAAGUCAACGAGGAAGAUGGAAAAGAUAAUCUUACUCUGCGAUCACCCUAUAAAAAGCCGAGGAGACCUGAUUCACUCGAUUCAGGGCUUGCGAUCUAUGAUCGAAGUGUAAUUUCUCCCACUUCAACAGAUACACAUGAUCUCCAGGGACGAUCGAUUCAGCUUCCCUUCUCCCCGCAUCUCCAUGCUUUGUCAGAGUCAUCGCGUGAUGACCAACCCACGGAGAACGCCAGUCGACCUCAGCCUUCUUCGCCGAUUUUCAGAACUCAUGGUUCUCGAUCAGUAUCUCCUUUGUCACUGUGGUCCCCUCGAUCUGGGAACAGGAUCAACAUCGACAUGGAAAAUUCGAACGAACACGAGGUAUACAAAGCAGGUUGUACCAAUCCUGUCUUAAAACCAGAUUCGGAAAAAGGUCUUGCAGGUAUAUUCCCUUCUUCCUCUCCCAGUGAGCAAAUCCCAGCUUGCCCACCUUUCACUAUGAGCUCCUCUAUCAGACAAGGUUCAGUCAACGGUAUUGAAGAUCCUUUCAACUCUCGUCCGCUGCAUAUGACCAUGCCUGAUUCGAAGUCGAGAUACAACAGAUUUGGUACCAGAACUGUUUCGGGUGGGAAUGCAACAACCAGACAAACCGAGUAUGGGAAAUCACCUAUCCCUCAUCACGCUACAUCCUCCAACACCAGUCUCCAAUCUGACCAUUCUAGGACUCGUGGGGACCAAUCCACAUUCAUCUCUGAGGCUGGUAACCUGACCUUGGACAAUGAUGCGUACAUCGAAUCUCUGCAAAAGGAACUGAACAUCGCUCAACAGACGGUAAUAGACCUGAAGCAAUCCCAUGCUCACCAGAUGGAGAAGAAAGACCAAGAGACCCAACUCCGUACUCAGAUAUACCAUGAGUCAAUCUUGAAGAAGGACAAUGAAAUUGUCGAACUGAAAAUCAAGCUUAGGCAACUUGAAAGACAACUCUCCAAUCUCACUGGUGGUGAUCAAAUAAGUGCCACUUUAGCCACGGAUCAAGGUACUGCACCCCGCUCUAUGGGAGGGGUGUCAAAUCGAUUCGCAACUCUCACCAGAAGAGUGAAAGUCACACCCUUGAAUAAUGCCAGUGGCCGUGUCAGUGGCCCACAGCAAACAUCACAACGCCUAACCGAGUUCUGUGAACCAACACGAGUAUCAGAUGCGUUACCUAGACAUCCAACACCACGAAUCGACAACGAACAAGAUAUAGAGGCCGGACUGCGACUUCAUCUUGAAGAUGUCGGAGAAUCCGAAGAAGAAGAGGUUGAAUGGGCGUUGUGUAAUAUGGAAGAUAUCGAUGACAUUGUUUCGGCAUAUCAAGAGGAUUUGGAGUAUCUCCAGAUCCGCAAAGCUUUUGGAGAUCAGUGUCGGGAGAAAGAUGAUUGUAUAGGCGAGUGGUCGGAAGAAGGAUUGAUAGACGAUAAUGAGAUAGAGGUUAUACUAGCUUGGGCUAAAGAGGAGGAAGAAGAAGACCUCCCGAUCGAAAUGGUUGAGUGGUUGACUGAAGAAGAAGAUCAGUUCAAUGAUCGUGUAGAGAUGUACCAAGAUGAAUUCCAAAACCCAUUCGCAGAUCAUUGGAAGGGUUACUUUGGACUUGUGGCCGAUCCAGAAGCCCUGCGAGAUGCCAUGGAACGUGAAGAAGGAGAGAUGGUUUUAUUCGAGGGACAUUGGAUUAGGUAUACAACUGGACCAGAAUCGGACGGAGGAAUGGUUUGGGAAGAUGACAGGGAGUUUGGCGUGAUAGACGAUGGAUAUUACUGGUGA